AGGUAAACUAUCACUUUCAAUAAUAUGUAAAUUUCGCUUGUUUUCAGUCAUUACGUACAAGAAACCAAAAUGACACACAGUGGUGAUUCUCUUAAAUGGUCAAUGCCUGGAUGGCGUAUAGAACAGAGGUUUGCACCAGGUGUACUGAUUGGAAAUUGGUCGGAAGAACGCAAUAUUUUUCAAAGAGGUAAUAACAAGCACAACAGCACACAUAGAAUAGACUUUAGACAAUGGAGUGGCCAUCGUCCUGAUGUUGUUCUUCGCCGUAAUGCUAUGAUGAAAGCCGAUGGCAUUGGUGCAGAGAACAUGUUUCAUCACCAUGGUAACCGUUAUUCAAACAAUAUGGUGUCUUGGUAUGAUGAACAGUAUAAUGGUAGAUGGCAAGAAAAACAAUUACCUGAGCUUAGAAAUUGGAACUUUCACAAAGUAUCCUGGGUUCCUGAAAAAUCAGAUCAUCCUUUACAGGGAACAUCUACUAACUAUGGUUUACAUUAUAAACUACAAAAUAAGUGGAAGGAACAGAUUUGUAAUGAAACUAAGGGAGAUUACUUAUCAACAUACCAAAACUCUUUUCCAACACCACCAAAGACAGCUUUAGUCACAAUGAGAAGUGCUGUUCCUCGAGAAUGCUCCACUUCAGUUCAUUCUAUUACUAGAUGUAACAAAAGCCUUGAUUUAAGAAAUCUUCCCUAUGGUAAAGGACCAGAAAUGCCAAGUAGAGGAAUUACUAUGGUUUCAAGCUGAGCAUAGUUUUUGAUCAUUUGUUUAUAAGAAGAUACAUAAGACAAAACUUUUUGGAAAGUAUAUAAAUUUUCACAGUAGCCACAAACUACUGUAAGUUCUUUUCUCCAUACAGAGCACGCUUUGUAGUAUUUCUGUGGUGUUUAGUUUAGUUUACACAAAAUUUGUACGGCAUUAUUUAUGGAUUUAGUGUGCUAGUCAGCUAAUUGACACCCCUCAACUCUCUAUUGAUCUCUUCCACACAUGCAUACUUUUUAUCAACUGACACUGUAUUCAUGUAUAUACAUAUGUAUGAUUGGAAGAGCUUAUUCUAAAAUUAGGGAACUUUUUGUUGCUUGUCCAAUUAUAUCCAGUCAUGAUAUUUUAAUGUCUUUGUUUCGAUUUCGAGAAGACAUGUUACACUAAAUAACAAUUACUUGUACUUUUGUUAUUGAUUACUUAUGUAAUUAAUUUUGUUCAGAUGUGGUAAUUUGAUUUUGUAAAGCAUAAUUGUUAACAUUCUGCUGAUUUCUAUUAAGAUGCAAUAUUCAAUUCAGUAUUAAACUUUAUCAGUAUUAUUAUACAAGUAUAUAACCAAAUUUCUAAUGGAAAUAAUCUAUAAUAACAUUAAAUAUUUGAUUUUCUAGAUAAAAAUUAUUUUGUUAUAUAUUUUAAACAAUUUAUGAACUGUGAUAUUUUUUGUAUGAUUUAUAUUUUAUAAUUUUUACACUGUUUUUUUUUUUUGUUUUGAUAAGAUUUUAAGCACUGUUGUAUGAUUCUAUGCUAGAGGAAUCUGUGUUAAACUGGACAUAGCUUUCGAAACAAUGUUUAUUUUAAGGAAAAAUAGUUGUUAACUAUAAUAUUCGUAUCCAGUUACUCAUUUUCCUAUCACAACAUUUGAAGAAGGAAUCUGAAAUUGUUAAAGAUGUCAGACUGAUAUAUACCAAGAAAUAAACAUAAUAUAUAAUUCUC